GCACAGCGGUGGGCUGGGGGACCAGGACGGCCUCGAGCCCCUUCUGUUGCCUCUGGGCUCUUCCACCUUCCCCAUGCUCAGCCCCUCCGGCCUCAAAAGCUCCUGUGCUGGGCUUACAGUCCAGGGGCUGUCUCUUUAUCGGCCGUAGCUGAACUCCUGGGUUCUGCCAGCUUGCUUCCCCUCUCCUGGACAACUUUACAAGCUGGGAGCCCUCCCUUUUAAGGCUUUUAUCGGGCAACCAUUCCUCCUUGUUUCCUCCAACUGAUUUAUUCAGCCCCAGUUCUCUCUGAACUGGAGUAGGUGCCCUUCCUUGGCUCCUGUGCUUGUUUCUUUCCUUUUCCCACGUGGGCCAGGCUCAGCCCUGAUGGAGCGGGAAGGACGAGGUGAGGCUGAGAGGUUCCUGCCUGACACCUCAAGUCCCCUCUACACGCUGCCUCCAGCCCACCUUCCCUGCAUCCCUCUGGUGGGUUGGGGCAAUGGGAAAACACUUGAUCGCAGGGGUGUUCAGUGCUGUGCGCUGCAGAAUGCGCAGUGGGGCUCUCCUUUUGGAGCUCUCUGUGUACUUUUUAUGCAUCACCCCAGGACCCUCCCCGUGUCUUUCUGUGCCCUCCACACCCCUCCACCCUGCCUCGCCUGCCCCGCAGGGGGGUGGAUGCUCGGCACUGGAUGGACCCUGCUCUCCCUGCACCCCCCAACACUGGGGGCGUGAGAAAUGGAGAUGGAAAAAACACCAAAUGCUGGUCCUGCAGCCCUGACUGGAACCCAGGGCUGGCUGUGAAGGUCUCUCUUAGACCCCCAUCUCUGCUUUCACCUCUCCCUGGUUCGCAGCAGGUUACACUUGGUUAUUUCUAUAGCUCUGAUUUCCUGCAAGGUGUUUAGCGGGGGAAAAUGUGCCAGGAGAACCUGGUGUGCUGGGAGAAGCUGGUGCACCUUUUGGGGGAACUGAGGUACUGGGGGGCCGCAAUGCCUUAAGACGUCGGAGCUCUUCACAUGCAGAGCUUCAGCCUGGGCAGCAGGGCUGGAGGAGAUGUGGCUUCGCCUCUUCUGUUGUGCCACCCGUCACCAGCUCACGGACCUUCAGCCCCCUGAGGGAGCAGAGCCCGAGGGGGCCACCAAAGCCUGGGUGAGCACGGCCACGGUGGUCUUCCGAGAAGGUGGAGCAGGGGGCUCCGGGGCUCACCCCCUUUGGAAGGUGUGGAGCAGAACACGGGCUUGGUUCGUGCGGAUAAAUAAUGGUCUGUGAGAAAGAUCUGUAAGGCAUACGACGUUAUAUAUAGAGCCUGGGCUGCUUUUGCAGUCGCAGAGCUCCUGGGCGCCCCGAGGCUGCUGCACCCCACAACCCCCGGCCUCGCGGGGCGUGCCAUGCCCGGUGUCCUGGUGCCCCGGGCCGAGCCCAGCCGCGUGUCGGGGCCUGAGUGACGGCGACAGGAGGCGGUGGCACCCGGUGCUGGUCCCGGUCCCAGCCCCAGCCCCGCCGCAGGCCGCGCCGCGCCCCAGGUCUGCCAUGCUCGCCCUUCCCCUCCUCGUCCUCCUGGCCUCCGCCAGGGGAGGCCCAGCGGCCGGCCUGGCCCUCACAGCCCGCACGCUCUUCCCGUGCUACUCUGCUGACCUCAAGCCGGCGUCCGAGGUCCUCGUCUCAGCCAGCGGCUGCACCGUGCUCUUCAGCGUCGAGCCGCCGGCAGCCGGCACAACGGCGUCCUGGGAGUACGAAUCCGGCCCGCGCAAGGCGGUCAUCGCCACGUACGUUCCCAACAAGUCGGCCGAGAUCUCCGGCAUCUACGAGGGCCGCGUGAGCUUCAACGAGACGGACUUCUCGCUGCAGAUGGUGCUGCGGUGGUGGGACGGGGGGCUCUACCGCUUCCGCUCCGAGUCGGAGGCCACGGGCUGGUUCGAGCUGCGCGUGGUCGAGCCGCUCUCCGAGCCAGAAAUCCUGGGCAACUCAUCGGUGGAGGUGGGAGGCAACACCAAGCUUUUCUGCAACGUGUUGGAGGGGCAGGUGGACUUGUACUGGUGGAAGAGGAACGGGGAGCUGCUGAUGGAGAGCAACGGCCUCCACUUCGUCCACAACAACACGCUGGAGAUCCACCGAGCCUUGAUGAACGACACCGGCUACUACACGUGCAUAGUCAGCAACGCGGUCAGCCAGAACGAGACCUCCUUCCUGCUGCGCGUCCACAGCAACGACAAGGCGUUUUUACCCAUCAUCCUGGUGUUCGUUAGCAUCGGCUUGCUGGCAGGGAUCUUUGUCUGGUGCAGGUUGAGGAGCAGCCGAGACGAUCGCUCUAGGUAAUUUCUGAGAAUUUAGCACUGGAAAAGCCAGAGGUUUCAUUGUCCUCAGCAUUAUCCCUAUGGAGAUACUCUCUUGAGAGAGCGGAAGUGCAUCCAGGAGAGGGUAAAAUCAUGUCCCAUGGUGGGAGUGAUUGCUAUGCUUGCAAGUGUUCAGGGAAGCCAAAUGUUACAGAAAAAAAUAUAUUUUCAAACUGUUUUGAGUGUUGCCCAUAAAUCGUUUGGGGAAAGUGUAUUUUUUCAUGUCUCUUGCUGCAAAUAAAACGUGUUAUCCCUGUUA